CGCUCAGUUACUACCCACGCCAGGGCCACCGUCACAAUGGCCUCCUCAUCCUCAUCGAAAGACAACCCGGCAGCCGUGCUCAACCAGACCCUUCAUGACAAAGUUCCCGCGCCUCUGAGCGACAAGAUCCCACACGUGCCAGAGUCCAAAGACGAGGUAAAAGCCGAGGCCAAGGCCGCUGCGUCGACAGGCCUAUCGCAGCUGCGCUCCCUCGCGGCCGGCGGCUUCGGCGGUGUUUGCGCUGUGGUCGUGGGUCACCCCUUCGACCUCGUCAAGGUCCGCCUGCAAACCGCCGAGAAGGGUGUCUACUCGAGUGCCAUCGAUGUCGUGCGCAAGAGCGUGGCCAGGGAUGGGCUGAGGAGGGGCCUGUACGCGGGCGUGAGCGCGCCACUCGUGGGUGUCACGCCGAUGUUCGCCGUCUCCUUCUGGGGCUACGACCUGGGCAAGUCCAUCGUAUCCUCCAUCUCCGGCCCGUCCCCCACCGGCGCCCUCACCAUCGGACAGGUCUCCGCCGCCGGCUUCUUCUCCGCCAUCCCCAUGACCGCCAUCACCGCCCCUUUUGAGCGUGUCAAGGUCAUCCUCCAGGUCCAGGACCAGCGCCUCGCCCCUGGCGAGAAGCCCCGCUACAGCGGCGGCCUGGAUGUCGUCCGCCAACUCUACCGCGAGGGCGGCGUUCGCUCCGUCUUCCGUGGCUCCGCUGCCACCCUCGCCCGUGACGGCCCCGGCAGCGCCGCCUACUUUGCUGCUUACGAGUACAUGAAGAGGAAGCUGACUCCCAUCGACCCUGCCACCGGCAAGCCCAGCGGCAACCUGAGCCUCACCGCGGUGACCUGCGCUGGUGCCACCGCCGGGGUGGCCAUGUGGAUUCCUGUGUUCCCCGUCGACACUGUCAAGUCUAGGCUGCAGACUGCUGAGGGCAACGUCACCCUGGGCGGUGUCAUCAGGGAAGUAUACGGCAGGGGCGGAUUCAAGGCCUUCUUCCCUGGUUUCGGCCCCGCGCUCGCGAGAGCGGUUCCGGCCAACGCCGCCACCUUCCUGGGCGUGGAGCUGGCCCACCAGGCCAUGAACAAGGCGUUCGGGUAAAAAAAAAAACAAAAAAAAAACCCCAAGCUCGCUGGAUGAAGCAAGGCAAGACAGAUGUGGUGCAGAGUCUUUCAGUAGUGGAAGAUGCCUCCCUACCCUUGCGGUCUCCUUGUCUUGUCUGUCUGAUGUGAAGCUCUUGUGCUGUGCUGUGCAGCGUUUGGAAAAGAGCCUUUAGAAAGGAAAAGGAGGACUAGGGAAACGUUGUCAAUAGACUUGAAGAGGCAUUACGUCGAGCAAGGAAGCGCUGCGGCCAGGGAUGCGGUGGGAGGCGGUGCAGGGACGUGGACAGAAGAGAAGAGGAGAGAGAGAGAGAGAGAUAGAGAAAAAGAAGGAGAAAAGGGAUGUGCAUUAGACUUGUCAUUUCUGUAUACUUCGUGGGAGCUUGGAAAAUUACCAUCAAUGGCACACGCCCGGAACUGGGAGGCAAGGCGAUCACUUAGACUUUGGGGGCUGGGCGCCACAAUAUAUAAAGAAUGGCAUCUGAAUUCCACC